UCAAACCCCAUCUCCUCCAAGUGCAAGUCCCCAAAUCAAGAUUCACAUUAUAUUGCCCCCCAUUGAAACAAGACACCUCCCAGUUUGGAUGAUCACACUUCAAAGGAAUGCAGUCACCCACUUGUUCAACAUUAUGAGAAAGGAUCUCUCUAAUUUUUGGACACAACCCAUCCUUCCAAAGUUUGGCAGCCUUAUCCCUAUUUUUCUGAAGUCUGCUGAUAAGAUAUUGCCUAGUCCACUCCAACAUUGUCAACACUGGUUUAUCCCUAGCCUCCAAUAUAUUUCCAUUAAAUGUCUCACAGACAUUAUUCAAUACCAUGUCACAUUUUGGGGCCUUCACCCGAUGCAAAUCACUAUCCAUCACGUAAACACCAAUAACACUCGGAGUACCUUAUCCCGUCGACAAAUUAAGGCCUAUGCCCGACAAGCUUACAACUUCGGCAAACAAGUGUACACCACCGAUCUGAGAGACAUCCUCAAUAACCGGAACUGUCCCAUAACUUUCAAUAUGGAGGAUGCGAAUCAUUUUGUACACCCUCACUCUGAUGCACUUGUCAUUACCGUCCCCAUAUGUGGAAUCCCAGUGCACCGCGUUAUGGUUGACACUGGGGCCUAUUCGAGCAUUUUAAUGUUAAGAGCUUUUGAUAAGAUGGGUCUUGAUCCGGCAGACAUCCGACCUUGUAAUGAUCAAAUACAGGAGUUUAACGGAAGCAUUUCGAAGCCCAUCGGCGAAAUCACCUUGCCUGUCAGAUUUGGCACUUCCGAAAAUGUCACCAAGCUUGUCAUGGAAACUUUCAAAAUUCUUGACAUUAACAACGAGUAUAACACGAUCAUCGGAAGGACUGCUUUGUACAAACUCCGAGCCGCAGUCUCAAUUUUUCACUACGCGUUGAAAUUCCCGACGACACGAGGUGAAGGGACACAUUUCGGAGAUCAAAGAGAAGCUCGAGAACUUGUCACUUUCAUACCGUCCUCCGGAGUCUAUUCCAUCACUCCGGUCAAUGAAGAAAAUUCGCUACCACCAAACACCCCGGACGACACGGUUCCCGAGAAAUCGAACCGCGGCGCCGUUGUUUCUCCCACCUCGGAUCCUUUAAUUGAAGACCGAGGUAGACGACCUGGAAAGGAGCCACUCAUAGAAGAGGACGAAUUGGACCCAAGAACUCAAUAUAAAGAAAAAAGCCGAAGUGAUCGAGCCGAGCCCGGGGAAGAAGUGGAGUUGAUCUAUAUCGACGAAUCGGUCUUCCAAAAAUCAUUGCGCAUUGGAAGUCAUGUUCAAGAGCCUCUCCGGUCAGAAAUCAUUUUAUUUCUCGAAAAUAAUUCUGAUGUUUUUGCUUGGAAACACGAAGACAUGAAGGGCAUCGACCCCGGUGUCGCUAGCCAUAAGUUGAAUCUCGAUCGAACUGUCCGGCCAAUUGUCCAAAAACGAAGAAAAUUGGGACCGGAUCGUCAGAAAGCGUUGGAAGAGGAAGAAGUCAAGAAACUCAUCGACAACAAGUUCAUUAAAGAAGCCAAAUAUCCAACAUGGGUCUCCAACCCCGUCCUUGUCAAGAAAAGCAAUGGCCUUUGGAGAUUAUGUAUCGACUUUUCCGACCUGAACAAAGCAUGCCCGAAAGACAGUUAUCCGCUUUCUCACAUAGAUUAUAUGGUUGAUGCUACUUCGGGACAUGAGUUGAUGAGCUUUAUGGAUUCCUACUCCGGUUAUAACCAAAUUCCUAUGGAUCCCGAAGAUUCAGAACACACCUCGUUUUAUUCGGCACGGGGUUUGUACUGCUACACCAUGAUGCCAUUUGGAUUAAAAAACGCUGGGGCCACUUACCAGCGUCUUGUCAACAAGACGUUUGCCAAUUUGAUAGGCCAUACCAUGGAAGUCUAUGUAGACGACAUGUUCGUCAAGUCGGUGCACACUUCUGAUCAUAUAACACACCUUCAGGACAUGUUCAAUAUCCUCCGAUCUUAUUCCAUGGUUUUAAAUCCCAAGAAGUGUACCUUCGGAGUUGAGUCUGGAAAAUUUCUAGGCUAUAUGGUCAGCCAACGGGGAAUCGAAGCCAACCCGGUCAAGAUAAAAGCCAUUCAAGAUCUAACUCCCCCGACCUCGGUCAAGGGUGUCCAAGCCCUAACUGGCCGACUUGCAGCUCUUAAUUGGUUCAUCUCCAAUUCUACAGAUCGUUGCAAACCGUUUUUUGAAGCAAUCAAAAAAGGGAAGUGCUUUGAGUGGACCGAAGAGUGUCAAAAAUCACUCACCAGCAUCAAAGAAACUCUUGCUUCCCCUCCGACGUUACAUAAACCGAAACCCGAGGAGAUGCUGUUCCUGUACCUCGGAGUUAGUGAUUCAGCGAUUAGCGCCAUCUUGAUACGUGAAGAGGGGAUGUUACAGUCACCUAUUUAUUAUGUUAGCAAGGCCUUACACGAUGCCGAACUACGCUAUCCCCCUAUGGAGAAGCUAGCGUUUGCACUCAUUACUGUUGCUCGGAAAUUGCGACCUUAUUUCCAAGAACAUUCCAUAACUGUCCGUACUUCAUAUCCGCUACGGCAAGUCUUGCAUCGGCCUGACACUUCGGGACGCAUGAUAAAAUGGGCA